GUGUGCUUUGUGGGCAGAAGCAAUGUUGCGAAAUCCUCCUUAAUAAAGGCCUUGUUUUCAUUGGCUCCCGAUGUUGAUGUCCGAGUGUCAAAAACUCCAGGCCACACAAAGAAAAUGAAUUUCUUCAAAGUGGGGAAAUACUUUACGUUGGUGGACAUGCCAGGCUAUGGCUACCGAGCCCCGCAAGACUUUGCUGACAUGGUGGAGGCCUAUUUACAAGAGCGUCAGAACUUGAAGAGGACCUUCUUAUUAGUGGACAGCUUGGUAGGAUUUCAGAAAGCAGACCACAUUGCCAUAGAAAUGUUGGAGGAGUUUGGGAUCCCUUACGUUUUUGUGUUAACCAAAAUGGACAAAGCUCCCAAGGGACUGUUGGUUAAAAAUGUACUGGAGAUCCAAGACUUCGCAGAGAAACACACUCAGGGGUGCUUUCCUCAACUCUUCCCAGUCAGCCACCUAAGGAAGGAUAAACAAAUUCUGAUCAGCAACAUGUUCCUCAGACUAAGUUUACCUACCAAUAAUUAAAGUCCUAAAACUUGCUAGGAGAGUGGACCUCCUGCCAGCAGAGGAAUACAGGCAAACCCAAAGA